UCCACACAGCGAAGCCCAUUAUGGGUCAUAGCAAUGCAUAAUGUAUGUAGUACACUAGUAAGUACCCAAUAAGUAUAGGUUAGUAUAAAUGAAUUCCAUAAGUUUUAAGGAAUUCAUUUUGAAAUGAAAUCUUUUUGUGUUUGGUAUCUGAAAGAAUUCAUUUUCAAUUCUAAAUUUUGAAUUCUACGAAAUUGGAACUAGUUAUAGCAAUUCCUAGGAAUUGAGAUGGAAUUUCCAAAUGAAUUCCACAAGUAUUUACUAUUUUUAAUAGAAUUAUAUAAUAUCCUAUUUUAUUAACUAAAUUACUUAUACAUAUGACAUACCAAACACAGAAAUUCAUUUGACAAUGAAUUCUACAACGCAAUUUAUUGUAUUUCUAAAGAUUUGAAUAUGACAUACCAAACACAAGAUUUCAUUUGAGAAUGAAUUCUACACGAUAAUUCAUUUUACAAUGAAAUGAAUUCUUGAUUCAUUUGGUACCAAACAGUGUGUUAAAAUACUACUUAAAGAAUUUGAAUUUGAGACAUUUUGACUAAAUGCUAGUGGUAUUACAGUUAGACUAAAUCCUUUUUGUUUUUUACUUUUGUUAUUAUGAAAAAUUAUGGGAUCACAUGUGUGUGGCGAUGCUCAUUUAUUCUGCUUCACACGCCUCAACACGAAUAUCAUGAAGCUUAUCAUAAAACACAAGUCAGAAACACAACAAACCACACAACAAAUAACAUAAAGUAGAUAAAAACCUUAUAAAACAGACCAGAUGCUCACUGCACCACAAAAUUUAUAAAACAUAGAAGAAAACUCGAAGCAUAUCACAAAUUCCCUGAAGCAUAAUAGAAAACUCAUAAAACAGACCAUAAGUUCCCUGAAGUAGAACAGAAAACUCAUAAAACAGAUCACGAGUUCCCUAAAGCAUAACGAAAACCUUAUAAAUCAAUCUACUUUGAUUAAAAAAUCAUGUUGCAUGGAUCCCUAUGGGCUCCUACAUCUAUAUACAGCGGCGGAUCCAGUACAUAGUAGAACACUAGGCCACAUUUGAAUAGAAAAUUAAAUACCUACUAGCAUUGGCCCGAAAGAGACGGAGAGGACUGGAAGCAAGCAAGUCUCGUUUGCUAUACUAGCUCUGAAUCGAGAAUAUGGUUGGGUUGUGGUCCGGAAUGGCCACCCCUUAAAUCUGCUACUGUCUAUAAAGAAUUUUUGUUGGUCACAUGUUGUGAGUUGUGACUUGCGACCAAACACCUUACUCAGAUUGAGAUCCAGACACAAAACUCGUUUUACCUUGAUAUCUUCAUCUCCCUCUCUUCAAAAUAAAACUUAAACCAAGUUCAUUGAAAUCAUCUUAAUCCUGUUUCAUUUUUAUUGUCCAAACCCACUUGUAGUAACUAGAUUGGAGCUAUUUUAUAUUUUUUAUAAUGUGCAAAUUCUAGUAGGAGGUGAUCUUGAAUGUUCACCUAAAUGCUAUUAAUCUAACAGAGUUGGACACACCACCGCAUUGGCAACCUAUUCUUUGUAGUAAUGUGACAAUUCAUUAUGUCUGGUAGACAUAAUUCCUUAUUCCCUUCUUAAUUAGUUGAUUUGGUUGCUGAGUAUAUUCCCUUUAGGCAAGUCUUUGCUGGAAUGAACCAAUUCCAUUUUGUUUCUACACUUUGCCAUUUGUGGUUUUACAAUCCCCUUUCUUAUUAACCUCCUCCUGCUAGGGUUGGAAGUUCGGUAUGAGUAUUUGGGAUAAUCGAAUAUCGUAUCGAAUUUGUCGAUACUUGGUAUGACGAAAUAUAUGUAUUGUUUUAUGAGAUUGAAAUUGAAUUGCAAGUGUUAUUUGAUAUUAGGUAUUACGAUAUUGAGACCGGUAUAUACUGAUAAAUUGAAUUAUACCGAAAUAUAAGUUAGUGAGCAUUUUAUUCUUAUCAACUAGGCCUCCCUCAUUCACUGCUGUCGGACCUUUAACGUAAAAAUUAAUUCUAUUAUAAGAUCUAUAAUUAACUUUCUCCCAUGAACAAGGGCUUAGUCUAAUGGUAAUAUCACAAGUAUUGAACCUAGAGGUCCCAAUAGUACCUUACCGCAACAAUAAAGUUAUCACUAAGCUAAGUUUAUGAUUCAUCGUAACAAGGGCUUAGUCUAAUGAUAAACCUGCAGCCAAAGCCAAAGCCAAAGAAGGUAUCUUGUCACAGCCCACAGCCAUUAACACUAAGCUAGAAUGCCAUCUACAACACUCAAUCGCCCGCCACUCGCAAACAAACCUCACCAACAAAAUGCUUGAACUUGAGCCCCGUUAGAUCGAUUAACAGAGGGUGGGUUGAGCUUUGCUAAGACAAAGGACAGAAAGACGCAGGCCAACCACCUAUUUCACACGUCCGCUCCUCUCACUAUCAUCCUGAAGAGGGCUGCGUCACCGACUCCCACCUCUACCAAUCAUUAAAAGUAAAAGCAACGUAAAGCCCUCUGCUUUCUUCCUUCUUUUCAGAAAAAAAAAAAAAAGCACCAUAUAUGGCGAGGGAUUACACAGAAGAAGAAGAAGAGUGCUGUGGCGAUGUGGGGAAUGUUUGGUUAGCUCCAAGAGGAACAAGAAAGGGAAUAAUGGAGCGUCUGGCGGCAAAAGAUUAUCGCAUUUCUCUUAUUUGCAUAACGUAAACCAGAGUAAGAGGGGGGAAAAACAGAGUGCUGGUAUAUAUAUUUGUUUCGGUUAUGGUAACUCGAAACCAACUCUCCAUGGCUCCUUCUCCCUUCUUUAUUUCUGUAUUGAGUAAUUCCCACCACCUUCGUGAAACCCAACAACAAAAGAACCCAACUUUCGAAAAACCCACUUGUUGAAUCCUUCCAUUUCUCUACUUCCCCUGCAGUUGCUCUGUUUUUCGUUUUCUGCUGCCAUUUUGUCCCGUUUCUGGGGUGUAGUGAUUGUAAACUUGUGACUUCCUGCCAAUACCGAAGCCAUGUUGCUUAGAAGCCCAAUUUCCAACACGAGACGCUUCUUCCAGAGAACCCUACAAAGCGUCAAGUCUCUCUUCUCCAACAGCAGUUCCAAUGCGGAUUACCGCAAGAUCCCCAAACCCUCGCCUCCUCCUUUCACCGCCAUGGACCGGACAUCCGGCGUCGGGGGAAGCUUCGGAAGACGGAGAAGCAAGGACGGGUUCGACAGGCUUUACGUAGAGUAUGGCGAGCGAUGGGAGAAGAAACCGGCUGCGAAGAACAGAGAAGGAAACUGUUUGACGAAAUGCCGAGCAGAGGGUCAUGCGAGGGUGAAGAGCCAAAGGUAUCAUCAAGCGAGAUCGAAAUCACUGCCCAAGAUGGGAGAUGGUGGUGGUGGUGGUGAGAAUAAUGGAGAGGAGAAGCUCUUGUCGAGGGAGGAAAGGAGCUGGCUUGUGGCGCGGAAGCUGAAGGAGCUCGAGACCGUGGAUAUGAGCAACGUGGAUCAUGCUCUGGACAUCGAAGAAAUUAUGCACUACUAUUCUCGACUCCGCUGCCCUGAAUAUCUCGACCUCGUCGACAAGUUUUUUAUGGAUGUUUAUGCCGAAUUUUUCUCUGCGGCCGCUCCUGUGAGUGUCAAUUCACGAUCGAGGUCCAGCCGGCUGCUGCCGUCGUAAUUAGAAGUCGUGAGAGGGCUUUGUUGAUGUGUACUUGUAUCCUAGUGGAAGACUUUAUCGAUGAAAUAAUUGUACUUAGUUCUUCUAUGUACUUCGCUUCAUUUUCUCGCCCACUGUAUUCAUCUUUCUAAUUGAGUUUCCUUUCUCCAAUAACUGAGCUCCUAACCA